UCAGAUCUCGUAGGUCAGGUUGGUCCUGCAAUAUCAAGGCUUUUUUUCAGCGUCGCUGGAAUAUACAUGCUCAUCGCCCGUGCUCGUUUGCUCUUUCAAACCCUUUUGGCUUUGUUUAACGGAGUCCACUUUGGAACACAAUCCACGUUUUAUUUUAUUUCUCUGUGGUUUCCGUGACAAACAGUGCUCUCAGCAAGAAGGGUAAUAAAAAUACAAUAUAAAAGUUCACUUUACACUAAGGUAAAUAUAUUCUGAAACCAUAUAUGUGGUUUCAGUGGGACUUACACUUCCGAAUGUAUUUGUUGUCGCGGGAGAUAUGAGAUAGUACUCUCUCUAUUGCCCCCCAGAGACCGUACACCAACUCUAUUAAAAUGCAGGCCAAUACACAAUGUUCCCCGCUGUCUGCGAUGCCAGUUGACUUUAAGAGGAGAUAAGUAGGACACGUUUCAGUUGCUUCGGAAAGACUUUUGUACUAAACUGUAAAAUUCAGUUUGGACAUUUUGCAAAGGCAAAUUGGGACACAAGAGAUUGGACUACUUCACGGUUUCAGCAAGUUGGCACGGUUUCCUGCAACUAGCGCUCUAUCUGCGGGCACCAUGGGCAGUAAGACUAUUCCGGCUCCCGUACCCAUUCACCCAUCUCUACAACUAGCGAACUACGCCUUUCUUCAGGCUUCCAAUGGCGUCCCCACGCCAUCAGAGCAGUUGCACAACCUCUACGGCUUCAGCACCCUGCACACCGUCCACCUCCACCAGUGGACCCUGGGCUACCCUCCGAUGCCUUUGCCCCGGUCGUCCUUCUCCAAAGUACCAGCUGUCUCGGCUCUGGUAGACACUCGGUUCCAGUUGCCCACCAUCCCGAUCUUCCCCCACGUCUUCCAACCCAAGCAGGAAUCAAGCACUAUUCCGAACAAGGCAAGGCCCAGGUUCGACUUCGCCAAUUUGGCCAUCGCGGCAACCCAAGAGGAUCACCCUAAGCUCGGACAACUAGAUGAACAAUGUUCUCCCUCGGCCAUUGGGUCCCUGCUGGAUGUCACCAAGCUAUCGCCGGAGAGGAAGCCCACCAGGGGCAGAUUGCCGUCCAAAACCAAAAAAGAAUUUGUCUGCAAAUUUUGUGGCAGGCAUUUUACAAAAUCUUAUAAUCUCUUGAUUCAUGAAAGGACCCACACCGACGAACGGCCCUACACGUGUGACAUUUGUCACAAGGCGUUCAGGAGACAGGAUCACCUCCGCGACCACAGGUACAUUCAUUCCAAGGAAAAACCCUUCAAAUGUCAAGAAUGCGGCAAAGGAUUUUGCCAGUCCAGAACAUUAGCCGUUCACAAAACACUGCAUGUGCAGGUAAAAGAGCUCAAAACCGCAAAAAUAAAGUGCUGAGCACGCCUGCAAACAGGACUUACUGAGUGGAACUUUGAUGAACGCCUAUAACGUGGACAUAUCUGUCAAAUUUAGAAGCAGCAUAGACUAUAUCCAUUCUACCGCCGUUCUUUUCUGUUAUUUUAAUUCCAUUUGGAACAGGUUAUCUGUAUCUGUGGGAUACCACUCUCAGACGAUCCGUAUCGUUUUCGAAGGGAGAGCAAAAACCUUUUUGUUUCCCUCCUGUGGCACAAGGGCUGUUGACGACCUCCAUCGUGAACUUGGAGUCUGGAAGUUGCUGCAUUGCCUUCUGUGUUUAACAUGAAUGAAUCUCCGCGCAUACGCCCGACCUGUGGCGAAAGUGUGACCUAAGAAGCAAUCUGAAAUAUCCACACUGACCUAACCAUGCAAACUCAAAGGCUUUGCGGAGAAACGUUGACCCGAGGCACCAUCCAUUACCUCACGUACAUCCCCAGAGACAAGCCAGAGAUCCCGGAGUGUGGGCAGUCGUUGUUUUUGAGUUAAAUCCGUCGAAAUUUAGGGCAAAGAAUGGAAUAAAUGUUCAGAUUUCGGCUGGAGGUCAAACAGAAUACAAAGCAGCGGUGAACGGGUAAAGAUGUGGAGACUCAGUGCUGUUUGAAUGUAUGAGAAACAUCUGACAAUGGGCUGGGGUAAGGCAGAGAUACCCGUGUAACGUAGUAAGGAGAGCCGAGCCACAUAUCUAUCACCGCAAACAACAACAAAAAACAAUGCAGCGAAGGGGUCGAAAUGUGUACCGCAGGGGGUCGUUAGCUCGUCAUCUGCGUUGCUUGAAUCGGAACAGCGAAACAGCGAAACACUGAGCUGUGUAGCGGGAGCGCGGGUGUUGGAAACAGGGCAGAUGGUUGAUAAAAACAACAGGGGGGAAAAUGAAGCGAAAGAACAUAAAAUCUCCCAAGUUAAGAACAUUCUAACUACAUUCCAUUCUCCGUGUUUUUUCUAAACACAAAUGGUUCUUUGUAAAUGUUUUUGGCACUUUACGCUGUUUUUUUUUUUUUUACUAUUUUCAUGUAUCACUGGAUUUCUAAUCUUUUUAAACGAAUAAAUUGCCAUUUCCUAGGCA